AUGUUAGGGCUACAGUCAUCGACGAUCAGACGUGACAACGAGAAUGUGGUCCCUUACGUGUCCCCUGCUACUCACCUUCGGCUUCCUGAUUCCAACAAACGUUGGACUUGAGAUGUCGAGAUGUAAACUAGACAUAGCCUUUAUCGUUGAUUCGUCGAGCAGUAUAUGGGUCAAAGACUUCGAACGCCAAACCUCCUUUAUCCACGACGUUGUCGACUCAUUCGAAUCUGUGCCGGAUGAUGUUCAGAUCGCAGCGGUAUCCUUCAGUAACCAUGUCUUCGACGAGUUCAAAUUCAACGCCUUCAGUGACCGUGACAGUAUUCUUGAUGCUGUUAGCAACAUCCGGUACAGCAAAGGUGACGCCACCAGAACGUAUCUGGCAAUAGAACGCAUGCGCACAGACCUGUUUGCGCCUGGUAAUGGUGCCAGAGACGACGCUGUACAUGUAGCUGUGGUUCUCACUGAUGGUGGCACAAAUCCAGGCUCGUACGAUCAGUACUCUAACAGUGAGGGCAAAGCAAAGACACAAGAAGAGGCAGAGCUGGCCAAACAGGCAGGAAUAUACAUGUUCGCUAUUGGAAUCGGAGAUGGAGUGGAUGAAACGGAACUCAGAGGUAUCGCGUCGGAGCCUGACGACAAAUUCUUCUUUAUCGUGGAUAACUAUGACAAGCUGGAUACCGCACACAUCAAGAGUCUUCUGGCCUGUCGCGCAUGUAGAGCACCGACGUUUGAAUUCACAACCACCAAUGCACGCCGAGCAGCAGACGCUCGUUACAGCCGCCAAGUCUCCGCCGACAGUGCACGAGAAGUGUGCCACGGAGACCCAGUUGAUAUUAUUUUUAUCCUUGACGAGUCUACCAGUAUCCGAUCCCAAGCCAAUUUCAAGAAAGAGCUUGACUUUGUCCGAGAUGUGUCCGACAUGUUUGAUAUUGGACCGGAUAUGACGCACGUUAGUGUUAUCACCUACAGCGACGAAAGCCAGAUGCGGUUCACCUUGAGCAAGUACACGGAUAAGUCCAGCCUUGAGCACGCCAUAGAGAACAUCGACUGGAGCACCGGAAACACAUAUACCAACAAAGCUCUCGACCUCCUCCUAUCUCAGAGUCUGACCGAGGUCCGAGACGGGGUCUCACACAUUGGAAUCGUCGUCACCGACGGAAAGUCGACUGAUUCUAAGAAAACAAGACAAUCAGCUCAGAAUGUUCUAGCAACAGGGAAUAUUGAGAUGUUCGCUGUUGGAAUUGGUGGUGCGUACAAGCCUGAGUUGGAUAUUAUGGCGUCCAAGCCCUCAGAAGACUAUGUAUACCAGAUCGAUAAUUUGGAUGCCCUGGAGUCUCUCAAACACAAAUUCGCCUUCCGUAUUUGCAAAGAACAACCUGGAUGCAGUUUGGCUGAGGGCUGUAACCAGUACAAGGCAGAUAUUGUGGUAGUGUCGGACGCCUCUACCAGUAUCGGAGACGCCAGCUUUGCCAAACAAAAGGACUUCAUCGCCAGUAUAGUAGAGAAAUACAACAUUGGGCCUGACGGAGUGCAGAUCGGCAUGGUUUCCUACUCCGACGACGCACACGUCGACUUCAACCUAAACCGCUACGGGUCGGAGGCCGAGAUAAUGUCGGCCAUUACGGAGGUUAAAUAUCUUACCGGAGUGACGUAUACAGACAAGGCCAUUGAGAUGAUGACGCAGCAAUCAUUCACUUCCGGGGCGGGAGCACGUGACGGUGUGCCAAAGGUUGGCAUUAUCAUUACAGAUGGUGUGUCGCGUGACCAAGUGAGAACACAAGAAAUGGCAAGGAACGCAAAAGCACAAGGCAUCACUCUUUUUGCCAUCGGUGUUGGCAGCAGUAUUGACUUAGACGAGCUCCAAGGAAUAGCGUCUGACCCCGCCCCCUACUUUACCUUCAUGGUGGACGACUUCGCUUCUUUGGUAGAUCACGAAGAUAUCCUCAUCAAGAAGACAUGCGCGGGCCCUGCACCUGAACCUGUUGCUAAGCGGGAUAGCCAAUAUGAAAUUGAGGAUAUGAAAUCUCUGUUUCAUUUGUUAGAAGCAAAAGCACAACGCGGAUCAAACCAAAUCAGCCGCAAACCUCUGCCUUUCAUGUUCGGUGGAAACAUCUUGGCGGAACGUUCAAUCCACCCUUCAGUCGAGGUACCCUUGUCGGGAUGUAAACUAGACGUAGCGUUUGUGGUGGACUCGUCCAGCAGCAUCUAUAUCGAGGACUUUAAGAAACAGAGAUCUUUCCUCUAUGACGUUGUUAACAUGUUUGAAACUGUUACUGACGACGUCCAGUUCGCCGCAGUUUCAUUCAGCAACCAAGUGUUCAAUGAAUUUAGGUUCAACAACUUUACCACCCGCGACGAUAUUUUGGCAGCGACAAGGAAGAUACGAUACAGCGCUGGCGACGCUACCAGAACAUACCUAGCCAUAGAACGCAUGCGCACCGACCUAUUUGCUCCUGGAAAUGGCGCACGAGAUGAUGCAUUACACAUUGGCGUUGUUCUUACCGACGGCGCCACCAAUCCAGGAUCAUACGAUAUGUAUUCAACUGAAGAAGGAAAAGCAGAGACACAAAAUCAAGCAAGAAUGGCCAAAACAAGUGACGGUAUUCAUAUGUUCGCUGUUGGUAUAGGGAGUUCAGUGGACCUUAACGAACUCCGCGGCAUUGCAUCUGAUCCGGAUGAGAAGUACCUUAUCACCGUGGACACCUACACAAAGCUUGAUACAGAACAUAUAAAGAAGUUAUUGGCAUGUCGCUUCUGUAGAGCUCCAACAUUAUAUCAAAGCUCCGGCUCCUUAAGACGAUCAUUGUAUGCUUCGCUGUUUGACAACCAUAUUACCAGCCAAGAACGACGAACAUUAUACGCUCGUGCAACAAACCAGAUUUCAACUAAAGAAAUACAAAGAGAAUGCUAUGCAAAUCCUGUCGACAUUAUUUUUAUCCUUGACGAGUCGACAAGCAUCGGUUCUCAAGAAAACUUCAGGAAGGAACUUGAUUUUGUUAGAGACGUGUCCGACAUGUUUGAUAUUGGGCCGCAAAAGACACACAUAAGUGUUAUCACGUACAGUGACGAAAGCCAGAUGCGAUUCAGCCUGCACAAGUACAUGGAUAAGGGGAGUCUCGAGAGCGCCAUAGAGAACAUUGACUGGACAACUGGAAACACAUACACCAAUAAGGCUUUGGACCUCCUUCUUCGUCACAGCUUGUCCGAGGUCCGCGACGGGAUAACCCACAUCGGAAUCCUCAUAACGGACGGAAAGUCGACGAAUACCGAGAUGACGAGAGCGUCCGCACAUAAUGUGUUAGCAACCGAAAAUAUCGAGAUGUUUGCUAUCGGGAUUGGUAGUGCUUACAAACCCGAACUGGACAUGCUGGCAUCUAAACCAUCAAGUGACUACGUGUUCCAGAUUGACAACCUGGACAGUCUGGAAAUGCUAAGGAAUAGAUUUGUCCACCGCGUUUGCAAAGAAAAACCUGGAUGUGCAGAACCUGAGCGAUGUAACAAGUACAAGGCAGAUAUUGUAGUCGUGUCGGACGCUUCCACAAGUAUAAACAGCACGAACUUCGUCAAGCAAAAAGACUUCAUCGCCAGCUUGGUUAGCAGGUAUAACAUUGGGCCAAAUGGUGUCCAAAUCGGCAUGAUCUCCUUUUCCACAGAUGCUCAUAUCGACUUCAACCUGAACAGCUACGGAACAGAGAGCGACUUAAGGGCUGCCAUCUCACAGGUCCACUAUAUGGGAGGAGACACUUCCACCGAUGAUGCUUUAGACCUAAUGACAAAGCAGGCAUUCACAACAAGCGCAGGAGCACGGCCCAAUCUUCCCAAACUAGCGAUUGUCAUCACCGACGGGUCACCCCAAAACCAGGCCAGGACAAGGCAAAUGGCGGCGGCAGCCAAGGCUCAGGGUAUUAUCAUAUAUGCCAUCGGUAUUGGCAGCAGUGUCGAAAUGAAAAAUCUAAAGGAGGUGGCAUCCUCUCCAGGAGAGUACUUCACCUUCAUGAUAGAUGACUUUUCCUCACUGAUGGACCAAGAAGGCAUCCUCAUCAAAAAGACGUGCUCUGGUUCCAUGGGGGCACAGGCUCAGCAAUGAAAGGUAACCCAUGGUUAGGAGACUUAAGGUCGCUGAGAAUAAUGUGCUGACUACGUGUUCGUACACAAAGAGGUGCAUUGUGCUUGAACUAUUGCUGGAGACAACACACACCAGACCGUUGUGUUGAACAUUAACAAUUGGAAUCAACCGGUCUUAAUGGGAUUUAACAGUCCAUAACAUGUGCACUGAAUACUUCAAGUACGUGUAUUGUGUUUAUAUAUCUUAAUACCUGUGCAAACAUUCAAUAAAGAUACUGCAAUUAUAUA